AUGUUCUUCCCGCAGAAAAGUGCUGUCGGCAAGGCUGUCGAAGGACAAGCCUGGAGAAAAUUCACGAACCCAACCGCUGGGCGCGGGAAAACAGCCUUCCCGAAGGGUCAAGCGGAGCAAGAACGGCUCGGGGUCAGAUGGGACUAUGAUGGGGAGGUUACAAAAGGAGAUGAGGUUUACCAUAAGUUCCAGAUGCAACCGAACGCUGGAAAAGUCCCAUCUUCUAUCAAAAGAUGGAGAGAAGGCCAUGGUGGAACCCACGCUGUGAUGUCUACUGCCCUGGUUAAAAAGGAUGGGUCGAAGGAAGAUGUUGAGAAGGGGUUAAACGAAGCCGCAGCCUCAGUCCAGAACUGA